AACAUUUGCAUCAUAUUUCAGGAGGUCUAUCCAGUUAGGUUCAUUGUUGGAGAUGCUCCGAAGAAGCACACCACUACUCCAGUAGUAAAAGAAAAAGAGCAGAAAAAGCCAGAAGAAGCAGAACUGCAUGAUGCUGUCAGAGAUUUGAAAAUCUCAUGGAUCACAAAAUUUGGUCUGAGGCCAGAAGGAGUAUCGCUUUAUCAAGAAUUAUGCAAAUCCUAUGAAGAUCAUCUCCCUCUGCACCUGGCCCAUCUCAAUUCUAUGGUGUCAUCGCUAAAGGAGCAGAAAGAAAAAACUGAUCUUAAAAAUGCCAAGGAGGAGGUGGAAAAGUUGGAGGAGCCAGUGACUCCCAAGGCAAUUAUUUCUCAAGCAGACAAGAUAAUCUCGUCCGUCAGUGAGACGGAACUGCUGGCAUUCUUCGGCACAAAGCACGACAUGCGGCACGAUGCUUCGAAAAUCAGAUCGAGCAUGGAGAAGCAAAGAGCCAUUCUCUUGGAAGCUCUAAAUCACAAAGGCUGCUCUUUGAUCAAGCUGUUGUCGCUUCUCAAGGAAGGAAAACCUCUGCCUAGUGGAGGUUAUCCAUCUUCUACUCAAGAAGAAUCUCGCUCAGAAAGAUUCUCACACACCUCAUCUUCCAAGCAAAGUUUCCAGGAUGUUCCUUCAGAAACCAGUCUCGAGUCAUCGGUUACUGAAGUCACCACUCGACCCCAAGGGGUCCAGGCUGGGGAGAGCAUAGAGAAUGACUCCUUUGAUUCUGUCACACCUAGACUACUCAUUAAAGAUGUUCUGGCCCAAGUUGACCUUAUCAUGCAUUCAAUUGUCAAGUUCACUGAGCUCCAUGAUCCCAAGGUAAUACAAUUCGCAAUCGAACACGCCAAGGUGAUGGGUCAAUACGCCCGAGCUAUACGAUUCGUGAAGAAGCAAGAAGGAAAUGCCAAGGAGCAAGAGCUCCAUAUGAUAGAGCUAUACGAGAGGCUGGGCUGGACCCAUGCAGCAGCCGCUGUCAAAUCUGCAAUGCCCAUCAAAUUUCCUCCUUCCUAUCAACCUUUUUGACGAGCUUCAUGAGGAAUUAGAGCGUUGGAAUGGAUUCUGUGAGGAGAAGCACAGACUAUGAAAUUAUGGUGCAUGGUGCACUGUUUAUGUUUUUAUGUAUUUCUGACGAUAAAGUUCAAUUUUCCUCGGCACAUAAAUGUCCUCUUUCCCAUUGGAUUAUGGCCACUUCGGGCCUUUGGCCUGCGAAUGAAAAUGUCCGUGUUUGGGUCUGAUUCUACCAUUCC